AUGAGUUGGCAACUGUGGAAGAUCGCGGCAAGCAGAGACACUUCCAAAGUCUUUGCGCUUCUAUCGAACGGAUCAGACCACCUCACCGUUGUGUUCGAGUACAACGCCGACUCUACGCAGCGCCUUGAAAGUCAAGUCUACCUGGAUUUAUGUGCCCUCGACGAUCAUCAGCCCACUUGUUUCUUCCCCAACAAGCCCGCUAUCUGCUCCGCAGCCGUCAAAGCGGUUGAAUCGGUGUGUGCUGAUGGCAGAGAAACAACGCGGCGUGCUCUCCAACCUGGCCAGAUAUUGCAGAUAUCCACGGCAGACGGCACCCUGUGUGGGUCGCUCGUCGACCGUUCUGCUGAGUUUGCGGCAUUCUGUUCAUCACUGAAGCAACCUGCUGCCCUCCUGGGCCAGGAUCCAGGUGCUGCGAAGUCGCUUCCUGAUGUCGUUGGCCUGGAGGUUGUGCGUGGGGAAGAACCCUUCCAAAGCUAUCGCGGAGCAUGCAUGAAAGUCUCACUCUCUAAAAACCCGAAAGAGUUCCUGGUGUUCAAAGGAGUCACCUUCUUCGACUACUUGCAAUUGGGUCCAGAGUCAUUCCAAUACCACCUCGCCGCAUGCUACCGAGAAAUUCACAUGAUCAAUACCGCCCUGCAGCAACAUCCAAAUAUCAUGCCGCCUCCCAAAGCUCUCGUGGUCAUGACAUCAAGCAGCGAUGGUGCCACGGAGCAGCUCGUCAACGGUAGUAUAUACCCAAUCUACAAGAACGGUUCACUUUCUGCCCUCCUCAACAAAGCUCGGGAAGAGAAGUAUAGAAUCUCGGUCGAGCGGAAGGCCAAAUGGUGUUCUCAAUUGGCCUCAGUCAUGCACCACGUUCACUUUGUUGCUCGGGUAUGGCAUCAGGACCUCAAGCCGCCUAAUAUGUUACUUGACGAUGCCGACAACAUUCUCGUCAUCGACUGGGAGCAGUGCGGUGCUAAUUCAUUCGUCCUGGCUCCGGAGGCCAACGGCGCGUACGACGUGGUUACAGAUGUCGAAGGAAUAGAGGAUCGUCGCGCGCUACGCUAUACGGCGUAUAAUGGACCACGGAGAGUCAACGACCCCAUUGCUAUUCCUGAGUGGAACGUUUUCCCGCACUGGGUCAAGGAAUGUCCUGACGCGGUGGAGCUCGCCGAAGUCUACAGCCUGGGGAAAACCAUGUGGUUGAUAUUGGAACAGGUCAAGGCCGGUCAUGAAGAUGGAAAGGAAGAUUACACUUCUGAAUCGGUCCGAUGGUCCGACUGGUCUGAGGAUAUCCCGCAAUCAUGGAAAGGAAUGGUCAGACGUUGCAUCGAGGCAGACCCAAAUUCCCGGGUACGUCUGAAGGAGCUGUGCGAGUUCUGGGAGGACCAGUUGCACAAGCUGGAGAAGUGA